GUCUUUUAAACAUAAUAAUCCUUGUAGACUGUUACAAUAAAACGUGAAGAGAACAGUAGUAACCCAAAUUUGCACGUUUAGGUCGCAACGUGUACGCCGUGUCGCCGAGACGGGACACGCCUCGCGAGCACUUAGCUUAGCAUCGCGAAGUCACGUCAACUUAGCCGCAACGAAGGACAAGCUUACUUCCAGUCGCCGUGACGCCUAUCAACGGCAACUGUGAAAAAUACAAUGGAGGUGCAAAUUGACCAGCAGGACGAAGAUUUCACCUUUAGCACCCCUGAUAGCAAUGGUAAGCGUCCGGCAGAGGACAUGGACGAGGAGCAGGCUUUUAAGCGCUCGCGCAACGCCGACGAGAUGUUGGAGCUGCGUGUGCUGCUCCAGAGCAAAAAUGCCGGAGCUGUUAUCGGAAAGGGCGGCAAGAACAUCAAAGCGCUGCGCACCGACUACAAUGCCAGUGUAUCAGUCCCAGACAGCAGUGGCCCAGAGCGGAUCCUGAGCGUGAACGCCAACAUCGACACCAUCGGAGACAUUCUGCUGAAGAUCAUACCUACUUUAGAGGAGUACCAGCAUUACAGCGGCAUCGACUUUGACUGCGAGCUCCGCCUGUUGAUCCAUCAGAGCUUGGCGGGCGGCAUCAUCGGCGUGAAAGGCAGCAAGAUCAAGGAGCUGCGAGAGAAUACACAGACGACCAUCAAGCUAUUCCAAGACUGUUGUCCACAUUCUACAGACAGAGUUGUCUCUGUUGGCGGGAAGCCGGAGCGAGUCGUGGAAUGCAUCAAAGUCAUCCUGGAGCUGGUGGCUGAGCUUGUCUGUGUGUUGCAGGCUCCAAUCAAAGGCCGCACCCAGCCUUAUGACCCCAACUUCUACGAUGAAACGUACGACUACGGCGGCUUCACCGUUAUGUUCGAGGAGCGGAGCCGGCGGUCCAUGGGGGGGUACCCCAUCCGCGUACGGAGUGGCUUCGAGCGCCUUCCGCCCGCGCACGGCAGCCGGCCGCUGCACCCCUCCCACCGGGAUUAUGACGACCUGAGCCCCCGUCGGGGUCCGCCGCCACCGCUGAGCCAUGGACGAGUGGGCAGCCGACCCCGCAACCUGCCACUCCCACCGCCACCUCCGCGAGGUGACAGAUUCUCCCGCAGCAGCUAUCAUGAUGACAGACCAAGUGACAGAAGAAGUCGUGGAGGAGAGCGCUACGAUAGCAUGAGUGGAGGCGGUUAUGACAACAAUUCCUGGGAUCACUUUCAUUCUGGUGGCCGAGGCUCAUACGGUGACAUCGGCGGGCCUGUCAUCACAACGCAAGUCACUAUCCCCAAAGACCUCGCCGGCUCCAUCAUUGGCAAGGGCGGCCAGAGGAUCAAGCAGAUCCGCCACGAGUCCGGAGCCUCCAUCAAGAUCGACGAGCCGCUGGAGGGCUCGGAGGACCGCAUCAUUACCAUCAUCGGAACGCAGGACCAGAUCCAGAAUGCCCAGUACCUGCUGCAGAACAGCGUGAAGCAGUAUUCCGGUCGGUUCUUCUAGGUUGGAAGAAAGACGAGAGAAGCCAUGCCGCACGUGUACCAUUUGUUCCAGAGCCAACAUUCCUCCGCCGUGGACAGAUCAAUUCUACCGUAUCCAUAGAAGCUUCGGGAAAAUCUUUAAAAAAAAUUUUUUUUUUUUUUUAAAUAGAAGAAGUAGCUGCCCCAUAACAUAUUUCUGUGUUGGUGUAGAUUAUUUUCAAGGACAUGAUGUAUCCAAAUCAUCUUUUACCUUAGUGUUUGCAUUACAGUGCAGCAUGCAUCGUCUUUUUUUUUUUUGAUAAGUUUUAAAAAAUGAAAUAAGUUUCAUACACACAUUCUCUGUCAGAAGAAACGAGCAGCAAUUAGCUUAACAUUCUUGAUGGCCCUGGCGAGCGUCGCUAUUUGUCGUCAGCCACACGACAGCUUCAAAACUAAAGUGGCUAACUGUGAAUAUUUUAUUCAGAGGCCGGCAGUUUCCCAUCUCUUUAGCUAACAUUUUUAUGUACACGUCUUACUAUAACGCUAAAAAAAAAAGACUGUUGUUCAAAUGUCACACAUUUGCUUUGAUGUUUGAUGAAUGUUUGAUACUAUUGAAAAGAUAUUUACAUUUCUUUUUUCAUUGAGUGGCGAGGCGAUGUACAAAUUGUGUAUAUAAUAUUUACAUCCAAUUUUUCCUCUGUCUCGCCAAAUAAAUGCUUUGACGUAGUUUUUUUCGUUUGUUUUUUAAGUGUUUAUCGUAUUCUUGUAUUUUAUCAUUUUGAUGGUUUAUAGCCAUUUGUAAAAUGGUUGGAAAUGACACGCCUUCUGUGUAUCUGUUAUAGAUAUUCCGCAGGUCUUUGCCAAAUAAAGGUUUUUGUUUUCCACUGA